AUGGACGACAGCACGGUUCUGGACAUGGUAUCUGUUGGAAGCACGGCGUUGGAAUCUACUAUUCGCGAAAACUUCAGAACUCCAGACAACUUUCCUGCAAGGCUGAAAGGCAAGUUCUCACAACAAAUUGGAGUCAAGGAGCUCAUCUCUUCUUAA